AGAUAUAGUUGGUAAUUUGGGUACAGCCACUAAAAAACCCCACAGGUUCAUAUAAAUUGUACUUUGUAAAGUCCUGUAAUCAGGUUUAAUCUCCUGAAACAAAAAAAAAUAGUGGGAAAAUGUGAAGAGUUUAGUUGCAAAAGGGGUUAGGUUCACUUUGGACCCUUCCGAGAAAAAAAACACGUUUUUUUAUUCUCACUUGCAAUAUUCGUAUGAUAAGCUAAAUUGUCAUGAUAUACUACCCUAUCAGGUGAAAAUAAAAUUUGGUAUAAAAGAAAUCUACCUGUCUUCAUUUUUUUCCUAUAUGUGUAUUUAAAAAAAGAAUUAUCACUGUGAACCUAACCUCUUUUACAAGUAAACUAAAAUGAAACCAAUCUCUUUUGAUUAAAAAAGUGAUUUUUCUUUGCCACUUUCAUUCACGUUUUCAUUUGAAUUUCAAAUUGUCUUUGGUAUCAUCAGAGUGACUAAAAAUUUAGAGGUUUAGAGACAGAAAACAAUCGAAUUUAUGAAAAAUUGAUCUAACCCCUUUUGACAAAUGACUUCUUUAGAAGAGUUUAGUUGCAAAAGGGGUUUGGUCCACUCCAAGAAAAUUGUUUUUUCAAUUCUUCCAUAUUGCAAUAUCCUUAUGCGAAACUGAAUUUUCAUGAUACCCUACCAUGAGAACAUAAAAUCGGGUAUAAGAAAACUAUACCUGUCUUCACAUUUCUUAAGAUAUUCUUUUCCAAAAAAAAAUUUGAGUGGAACUAACUCCUUUUGCAACUAAACUGGACCUAACCCCUUUUGAAAAAAGUGAUUUUUCUUUGCCAUUUUAGUUCACUUUUUAAUAGGAAUUUUAACUUUUCUUUGGUACCAUCUUAUAGAGCUACUAAAAAUCUAAAAAUCUAUACAUUAAGACAUACAAAUCAAAUUUGAUGAAAAAUUGACCUAACUCCUUUUGCAAGUGAGCUCUUCAUGUGUAAUUUAUACAAGUACAUAAUACAUUUUGCUGAGGAAAUUGUGUAUUACCGUUCUCUUUUUGUUCCAUCUAUCUCUUCCUCUCUUUAUAUUCAAAAGGUUGCAGAGUAUCGUGGAAUACAGAUCUCUGAACACAGUGGACAGGACAUAUAACUUUAUCCCAUCGUGAUGAAUAUGACAUGAAAAGGAACUGCUCUUCCGAUAUGGCUAACGUGCUCCUACCGAGGUCGGGCGACUUGGAGCCAAACCCGGGUCCAAUUACCAAGCCUGGGGAUCUAAGUGAGCGUGAAUUACAUCUCCUUGCUGACUUUAUUGAUCCAUCAGACUUCAGGAAGGUCGGACUAGCUCUAGGAUUCACUGAGGCUAAACUAAGUUGGUUUGAGAGAGAUAAUACUGGUAUCCUAAUGGGAGCUACCUAUAAGAUGCUCUGCGAAUGGCUAAAGUCAGUGGGACAUCAAGAAGCGAGGGAGGAACUAUCGAACAAGUUACACAACAUUAAUCUGGUACAGCUGGCUGAGAUUGUACAAAAAGGUAAGGUUGAUGAUCAUGUACCAUCAAUGACAGAAGAGGAAUUCCAGCAGGUCAUCAAAGCGGUCAAAGAAUAUUCUGCACUUCACCACUGUCAGAUUCAAGCAGAUCCACUGAACAGCGGCGUUUUAUUUAAAUUUGAUGAGAUCUUCACCAACUUAAUGUUGAUGGAAGAAAAUAAGAGGACAACAAGUAAGGCAUCGCUACUCUACGCUGACCUGCUCAAGACUAAAGUCAACGGAGUCCUUCCUAAACGUUUGCUGGUUGAAGGUGAAGGAGGUGUGGGGAAGACAACUCUUUGUGCAAAGAUUGCUUGGGACUGGAUUCAUGGAGCAGGUUACCAAAAGUUCAAACUGGUACUUCUCAUCCUUCUUCGUGACGUAAGUGAUAAGACUAUUGGAGAGAUAAUAAAGUCUUACCUCCCAGACGACAUUGAGAUUACAGCCAUGCAGCUAAACAAGCAUAUCUUCUCCCACCAGAAAGACGUCUUUCUUGUUCUGGACGGCCUAGACGAGUUAGCUGGUGAUCUAAACAACCCUCACCAGAUCGCCUUGAUCAUCUUAAAUCGGCUGUUCAAGUCAGGGAGAGUGCUAAUUACAUCAAGAGGAUGGAAAUCAGAUGAGAUACGGAAGAUUAGUGAGCUUAGAAAGCUCUAUGCUUUCAUUGCGGUCGAAGGUUUUUCUGCUAAUAAUCUGUCUGCCUACAUCACUAAGUUCUUCCAUCCAGACACAACUCCGGCUGAAGAUUUGAAUCGAUUCAUAUCAAACAACGAUGUGAUCAGAGAGAACAUGGCCCCAUUCCCAAUAUACACAGUAAUGCUGUGCAUCAUGUGGAAAGACUUCGACGGCGAACGGCGAAGUGCAAUGUCCAAGUUGCAAACGUUUUCCCAACUGUUUGAUGAGAUGAUCCACUUUUUAGUAGACCAUUAUCUUUCCAAGCUCGAUACGUCUGCAAUUGAUGUUGGUGGGAAAAUGGAUAGGAAACGGAAGGACAUUCUACGUCAUCUAUCCGAUAUCGGUUGUAUUGCCUUGCAGGGGCUUCAUGACAGAAAGCUAGUGUUCACUGAACAGGAGUUCCAUAGCUUACCGGGUUCUGUGGAUACAGGUUGCCAAGUUGGGGUACUCACUAAGCAAACGCAAAGUCCUUCUCCGAGAGAGAGAAGACACCAUUCUCAUUCUGCAGUCUCAUCUGUCCAGUUCCCUCAUAAGCUGUUUCAGGAGUAUCUAGCAGGAAUGUAUCUGUCAUCUCUUCACAAUUCAGGCAGAAGCGAGUACGACAGGUUGAUGAUGGAUAUAAUCGGAAGAGCAAGUGAAUUCCGUGAGCUUCUGUACUUCACCUCAGCCCAACAGAAGGAGGUCGGAUUGGAUAUCAUAACUCGUCUCAUAGCGUCAAUACUAUCAAUGGAAUAUGGAGAUGUUGAUGAUGACUUCAUUGUUGAUGUAGCAUAUGAGAGUCAAGACCAAACAGUGGCUAAAGCUGUGGCAGAUCAUCUAUUGACUUCAUCCAGCAAGACACUUGUGAUCGGGGAAGAGAUGCCGGCGCACACAGAAGCGGGACAUAUCUUCAUCAUGAAUCAUCGCAAAGUGGUAAGUAAAUUUUCUAAAGCAAUUCAUACAAGAACAGCAACAUCCAAAUCUUAAAGGGGAAAUUCACUCUAACGAAAAAAUUGUUUUAAAAAUGCAGAUGAAAUAGUGAAAAAAUAUUAAGAGAAGGCUAGACCUAGGUCAAACAUCCUAUUUUUUUCAUUUCGAUACGCCAACCCUUUUUUAAAUUCCUUUGAAUGCAUUUUAACAUAAAAUGACAAUAUUAUAAAAAAAAAUUAUCUCGCGUUCGAGAAAAAAGUGUGCCGGGCCUAAAUUAAAAAUAGCCGCAACCCCC